ACACUAAUUACAAUGAGUCACUGGUGUGGAAACUUCCCUUUAAUAGCCAUUUAAACCUCUGUGUGUCGACCUGCGUGUUUAUAAAAUGGCCAAACAUUCAAGCCUAUGUAAACUUUUCAUCAGGGUUUCAGUUAUCUUUAGGGUUUAAAAAGGAGUCAAACAACUAUGUGAUAAUUAAUGACUUCAAGUGACCACGAUCCUUAAAUAAGAAAUCAUUAUUUUACAUAACCGGUCUUAUUUUUCAAAUAAAAUAAACAAACGUUUAACAAUUUCCUUCAGGGUAUGCAAACAUUUGAGCACAUUUCAUUGGGACUUUAAAAACUUUAUUUGCAUUCUUUGUGCAAAAUUGGUGAUUUUCAUAUUAGUUUCUCAAACUGAAUAAUACGAACCACUGUAUGGAAACAGCUUUAACAGUAGCUUGUGCUGUUAUCAUAAGAUAAAUGAAUCCUGCUAUUUCUCUUUUCCUUUUCCACAGAUGUUUAUUAUUCUUCAUGGUCCAUCUGCUGAUACACAAUGUGUUGGUGCAGAGCAUUGAGACUCGUGAAGCCAUCGUAGGUCAUACAGUCAUCUUACCAUGUUCCAUCAAAAGCACUCUAGAGGGUGGGGAUGUGUUUUGGCGAGAUGAAAAACAAGCCACGCUGGUUGAUUUUGUCAAGGGUAAAGAAGAUUUUUCUGAGCAGAGCCCAGAAUACAGAGGCAGAGUUCAAACUUUUCAAACUGAGAUUGCAAAUGGAAACUUCUCCAUCAAGCUGAGUAAUGUGACGCUCUAUGACUCGGGAGAUUACACCUGUCAUCUCCCCCCUGGACCUGUUCAGAGUGUAAAACUGAGUGUUAAAGAAGCACCAAAAAAUGGUGACAUCACAAUAAGAGUAAGCAGCUUGUUCCUGCUGGGGUUCAGUCUGCUGUACAGUUUGGUCUUUUGAAGACAACAUGAAGCUCAACAUAGGAGCAAACAUGUUGGAUCUUGUUUACACAUCCAUCCCCCCUGCAUACUCUCAGCAUUCUUCACAAGCAUCCCUCAGAAUCCUAAUGAAAAGCAGGAUUUGAACAGCUCUACCGGCUCAGGAACACCACCACUCUGAGCACUGGAGCCCCUCAAGGCUGUGUGACUAGUCCAAUGUUGUUCACAUUUCUGACUCAAUGUCCAGCUCAAACCACACCAUCAAGUUUGGCCCAACAGUAAACAGCAUUGUCUAGAGCCAGCAGCCUGUCUCGGUAUGUUGACAAAACG